CAAAAGUAGAAACUGACAUUCCAAACACUGGAUUAGACCUAAAAUUCUUCGGAUGUUCUUGGAGGCUUCUGACAAUCAUCCCGACGGCAAUAUAUAGCAGCGACUCCCUGCUCCGUUCUUGCCGUUUCAAGAACAAUCUUGCAGCACACGAACGCAUAGCCUUGGAUCAAACAGGCUGCAGAUUGGUAAUAACUGAACAGUUACAUGCACGCUCGUUUCUAUUCAAUAUAUUAGCAAUCAGACUCAUCAGUUACAGAAAAUAACUUACAACUCAUCAGCCCUUCCCUCUUCCGACAUAAAUUCGUCUCUCUGCUGUCUUCCUAUAAAUUCCCCCCACUUCUCUUCAUGAUCCACACACACCAAUCACUGCAUGCAAAUCCAAUCAUGGCUUACCCUACGAACCUCCUCGUCCUCCUGCUCGCGUCUUUCUUAGCAUCAUCCGCUACGAUAAUCUCGGCACGGAAGAUCGACUCGACACCCACCCUUUUAGCGCGGCUGAAACUAGACGAAGAGGGGCCGAGUUCUUGCUGGGACGCGCUGUUCGAGCUCCACUCUUGCAGCGGCGAGGUGCUGCUCUUCUUCCUCAACGGGGAGACUCAUCUCGGCCCCGGCUGCUGCAGUGCCAUCAGGAUCAUCGAGCACCAGUGCUGGCCCUCGAUGCUCGGAUCGCUGGGUUUAACCGCAGAAGAAAGCGACAUUCUUCGUGGCUAUUGUGACGCGGCGUCCGCCGCCGCUGCGCCGCCGCCCGCGGCUUUGCAUCAGUGCUAUAACCUUCCACGCUUAGUUCCGUAAUUAUAGGCAUUGAGAAUGUAAUAAGACUUGCUUUUGAGUAGUAAUAUGUUUAACUGCAUGUGUUCUUAGUGUGAAAA